AUGGCCGGUCUCAGCUCGAUGAUGCGCAUGGCGCCCAUCCAGACCCAGCACUCAUACAACAACCCACUGCAGGGGUACAUAGGCAGGAAGGGCGAUCGCACAUUUCACUUAGUGAUCGAACAGCAGCCGAUACGUGCUCGCAUGUGCGGAUUUGGCGACAAGGAUCGGAGACCAAUCACACCACCACCAUGCAUCAGACUAAUCGUGAAAGACUAUAACACCGGAAAAGAAGUCCCCGUCAACGAAGUCGACAGCACCUUCUUCGUCCUCACCGUAGACCUCUGGGACGAGCAUGCAAAGCACGAAGUCAAUCUAGUCCGGCACUCGACCGGCGCACCAACCGUCUCCAUCUCUUCCUCGACCAUAACGUCCUAUCCGCCGCCGCCCGACCGAGCCUACUACAUGGCGCCCAUGCCGAUGCCAAUGGGCGUGCCGAUGCAGCACUCCUACGGCCAGCCCAUGACGGCCGCACCACCGCCAAUGAGCCCGUACGCACCAGGGCCGCCAAUGCAUCAGGGGUACUACCAGCAGGCACCUGCCACGCCCGUGACGCCGGGCAGCGGCUUCCAGUACCCGCCCGCCCCGCCUCAUGCCUACGCGCCCCCGCCCAUGCCGGUUCAGGUGGCAGCGCCGCCGGCGCAGGCGACGGGCAUGUUCACGAGGAACUUGAUCGGCAGCUUGACGGUUAAUGCGUUCAAGCUCCAUGAUACGGAGAACAAGGUCGGGUUCUGGUUUGUGCUGCAGGAUCUGUCUGUCAGGACGGAGGGAACCUUCCGCCUCAAGAUGAAUUUCGUAGACGUCGGCAGCGGCGCCGGCAACAACACGCUCAACCAAGGCCGCGCCCCAGUAUUGGCGACCGUCUUCUCUGACCAAUUCCAAGUCUACUCCGCCAAGAAGUUUCCCGGGGUUAUCGAAUCGACGCCGCUCAGCAAGGUGUUCGCGGGACAGGGGAUCAAGAUUCCGAUCCGCAAAGACGGUCCGAAGCAGCUGCCCAACCAAGCAGAGUAUGACGCAGAUGACUAA